UUUGUGUUCGGUUAUGAUAAUUCAGCUGAUACUUAUAAGGUAGUGAUGUUGCGGUCGGGUUGUGAGAGUGAUCCUGAAUCAAAAGUCAGUGUGAAAACGUUUAGUUUGGGUGAUAAUGGUUGGAGAAACAUUCAGAGUUUUCCUGUGGUUCCGCUUCAAUUGGUUUUUGAUCCGAGGGAGAAUGAUGGUGUUCCGAGGGAGAAUGAUGGUGUUUAUCUGAGUGGCAGUAUUAAUUGGUUAGCCUAUCGUGAUGAGGAUAACCUUAGGAAGGAUAAUCCGGUUGAGAAAUAUGUGAUUGUUUCUCUUGAUCUUGGUAAGGAGACAAACAGGCAGUUUUUGCUCCCGGAAGGUUUUGAGAAGGAGUCAUAUGUAGGGCCAAGUGUUUGUGUGUUGAAAGACUCGCUUUGUUUAUGUCAUGAUUUGGAUUUGACGGAUUUUGUUAUAUGGCAGAUGACGGGAUUUGGAGAUGAGAAGUCUUGGACUCAGUUUCUUAAAUUUAGUUACCACAGUGUUCGAAUGAAUUAUGAAUUUGGACGUCCGCAUUUGAAAUUGAUGCCUUUGCAUCUAUCUGAGAAUGGUGAAACUGUGGUAUUAGCGAACAACCGACAACACCGAGUAAUUCUCUAUAACAUGAGAAAUAACAGAGCAAGGAAAACUAUACUUAAUACUAAGAUAUGUUGGCCCUCCCUCAAGGAUUAUGUUGAAAGCUUGGUUUCAACUUCUUGA